UCUUCACUGCGUACAGUGCAUUUUCGUGAAAAUUUUGCUGCUGCGUAUUAAGAAAACAUUUUUAAUUGAGUUUUAAUUUUUGUGUUUUUGUUUUCAGUUGAAUAAAUAUCUACCACAUACAUAUAUUUAUAUAUAUAUAUAUAUAGAUAUAUACAUAAAACCAUCUACUUAUAUAAAUACAAUUAAAAGUUCAAAUACUGAAAGUGUGGAAAGGAAAGGAAUUUGAAAGGAGACAGAAAAAACACAGAAAAACAGGAUAUCAAGACAACAAUUUUGAGAAAAUUUAAGGAUAUUUUGCAAUAUGCUACUCAACCGAAACAAAUUGGGCAGCGUGCGUCCACCAAAACGUUGCAGAAGCGAAAUGGAUACUUCAUCCGCUUCGGAUAUUGUCCUUAUCCAUGGCAAUUCACAUCCUGAUCUUGCCAAUAAAGUGGCCGAGCGCAUGGGUAUAAAGAGCGGUGGCUGCUCGGUAUUCCACAAAACGAAUCGUGAGACAAUGGUGGAAAUUGGCGAUUCGGUGCGUGGCAAGGAUAUCUACAUCAUACAAACGGGCACUAAAGAUGCCAAUAACAACAUUAUGGAAUUGCUGAUUAUGGCAUAUGCUUGUAGAACAUCAUCGGCGCGCUCGAUUGUUGGUGUUAUACCAUAUUUACCCUAUUCGAAACAAUGCAAAAUGCGUAAACGUGGUUGUAUCGUGUCGAAAUUAUUGGCGAAGAUGCUGUGUACCUCUGGCUUAACGCAUAUUAUCACAAUGGAUUUGCAUCAGAAAGAAAUACAAGGAUUUUUCGAUAUACCAGUUGAUAAUUUGCGCGCAUCACCAUUUCUAUUGCAAUAUAUACAGGAGAGUAUUCCUGAUUAUCGCAAUUCAGUGAUUGUGGCACGUAAUCCCAAUAGCGCCAAGAAGGCGACAUCUUAUGCCGAACGUUUGCGUUUGGGAAUUGCUGUUAUACACGGCGAACAAAAGGAAGCCGAGAGUGAUGAAGUCGAUGGGCGUUAUUCGCCGCCACCAGUUAGUACAUAUAGCGAUUUGAUAGGAAAUACAGUUGAAAUGUGCUCCUGUUCUCCUAGCAGCAACAACAGAACGCGUACGAUCAGCGUAUCGGUAGGCGUGCCGGAGCAUCCGCCAAAGGUUAAGCCGCCACUAACCAUCGUCGGUGAUGUCAAGGGACGCAUAGCGAUUAUGGUGGAUGAUCUUAUUGACGAUGUGCAGGCAUUCGUUGAUGCGGCAGCUUUGUUGAAGGAGAAUGGCGCUGGCAAAAUUUAUUUACUAGCUACACAUGGUCUACUCAGCUCAGAUGCGCCCAGACUGAUUGAGGAAUCGCCAAUUGAUGAGGUUGUUGUUACCAAUACCAUUCCACAUGAGAUACAAAAGUUGCAGUGUCAUAAAAUCAAAACAAUUGACAUCUCCAUACUCAUCGCCGAGGCUAUACGUCGUAUACACAAUAAGGAGUCUAUGUCAUAUCUGUUCCGUAAUGUAACGCUCGAGGAUUAAAUGUGAUUUUCAAAACAAUGGCAAAUUAAUUAUGAAUGGAAGCGUAUAGUGAUAAUGAUAAUUAUGAGGAAAGGUCAUUAUUAUUUUCAUUAUUAUUAUUAUUAUAAUAUAAGACUUUUUGUUUUGU